AGUUAAAAUCGUUUUUCAAUAUUUCACUCGGCUGAAAAGCAAACCUCAUCUUCUUUAAUUCAUGAACAAAAUCGAGAGCUUCAACAUCUACCACCUGAACCGAUUCAGCCCUGGAACAUAGCUCCCUCCCACCUCUACGACCCUGAAUCAAUUCAGCCAACGAACCCCCGAACUCAUACCCUUCCUAGGCUCAUCAGCAAAGCAAAUUAGGUAGGCUAAAACGAAAGACAUUGGGUAAGGGCAUUUUUGUCAUUCUACAUCUACGAUCGUGGCCGUUCAAUUAUUUCUCACUUCUAUAUCAAUCAAUGGUGCAGAUUGCAGAAUCAUAGUUCAUUGGUGUUCCUUAUUUUCCAUGAUACACUGAAACCACCAUCAUCGUCUUUCUCUGUAUCCUCAACUUCUCUUCAUCUUCUCACAUUUUUCACCUCUCUGUUGCAAUCACAGUGGUUACAGAUCUCAAUCGGAAACCCUAAUUUCACGAUCUCAACCACCACCACCACCACCAUGUCGCUCAAUCUCCGUCUGAAGCAAACAGAAUGCAUUGCUCGAAUGCUAAAUCUGAAUCAACCUCUGAAUUCAUCUGGAACUGCAAACGAAGAAGCCUACAAGAUCCUCAUCUACGACAAGUUCUGCCAGAACAUCCUCUCACCAUUGAUCCAUGUCAAGGAUCUUCGCAAACACGGUGUCACACUCUACUUCCUCAUCGACAAGGAUCGCAACCCCGUUCACGACGUCCCCGCCGUGUACUUCGUUCAACCCACCCACCACAACCUCCAGAGGAUCAUCGCCGACGCAUCUCGCUCGCUCUACCACACCUUCAACCUUAACUUCUCCACCUCAAUUCCUCGCCCACUCCUUGAAGAUCUCGCAUCUGGGACUCUGGCUUCUGAUUCUAUACAGAGAAUUUCCAGGGUUCAUGAUCAGUAUCUUGAGUUUGUUACUCUUGAGGAUGACCUGUUCUCGCUUGCCCACAAGCCUUGUUUUCUUCAGCUCAAUGACCCUUCUGCUGGGGAUCGUGAAAUUGAGGAAAUUGUGGAGAAGAUUGUAUCUGGGUUGUUUUGUGUUCUGGCUACGCUUGCUGUUGUGCCGGUUAUCCGGUGCCCUCGUGGGGGGCCUGCUGAGAUGGUUGCGACUGCGUUGGAUCAGCGGAUCCGUGAUCAUUUGUUGUCGAAGAAUAAUUUGUUUACUGAGGGUGGGAACUUUGUCAGCUCGUUUCAGAGGCCGGUUUUGUGUAUCUUUGACAGGAAUUUCGAGCUUCCGGUGGCGAUUCAGCAUGAUUUCCGGUACCGGCCUUUGGUGCAUGAUGUUCUCGGGUUGAAGCUGAAUAGGUUGAGUGUUCAGGGGGAGAAAGGUGGGAUGAGGUCGUAUGAGUUGGAUAGUUCGGAUUCGUUUUGGCUUUCGAAUGGAUCUUUGGAGUUCCCUGAGGUUGCGGUGGAGAUUGAGACGCAGCUGAAUAAGUAUAAGAAGGAUGUGGAUGAGGUGAAUAAGAGGACUGGGGGAACCCAUGGUGCGGAGUUUGAGGGGACGGAUUUGAUUGGUAACACGAAGCAUUUGAUGAAUGCUGUGAACUCGCUGCCUGAGUUGACUGAGAGGAAGCAAGUGAUUGAUAAGCACACUAACAUUGCUACUGUUUUGUUGGGUGAGAUCAAGGAGAGGUCGCUUGAUUCUUAUGCGAAGAAGGAGAAUGAUAUGAUGGUUAGAGGGGGAAUUGAGCGGAAUGAGCUUCUUGGUGUACUCAGAGGGAAGGGAACAAAGAUAGAUAAGCUGCGUUUUGCCAUCAUGUAUCUUAUUUCCUCAGAAAGCAUUAAUCCGUCAGAAGUGGAAGCUGUGGAAACGGCACUGAGAGAGUGUGAGGUCGAUACUGCCGCUUUCCAGUAUGUGAAAAAGAUUAAGUCUUUGAAUGUUUCAUUGGCAGCGGCGAAUUCUGCAAGUAGAAGUAAUAUUGUUGACUGGGCUGAAAAGCUCUAUGGACAGUCAAUAAGUGCAGUGACAGCUGGUGUCAAAAAUCUUUUGUCUAGUGACCGGCAGCUAGCAUUGGCUAGGACUGUUGAGGCCUUGAUUGAAGGGAGGCCAAAUCCUGAAACGGAUGCAUACCCAGCAUUUGAUCCUCGUGCUCCCAAGUCUGGUUCAGGAGCAAGUAGCAGCCAUUUGAAAGGGCCAUUUAAGGAAGCAAUUGUAUUCAUGAUUGGUGGCGGUAAUUAUGUUGAAUAUUGCAGUCUGCAAGAGCUUGCCCAAAAUCAACAGCCUGCCAAGCAUAUCAUAUAUGGAACAACAGAAAUGCUAACUGGAGUGGACUUUGUAGAGCAGCUUACAUUGUUGGGACAGAAGAUGGGUUUGGGUAAUGUUGGCUCAACCUCAACUCAGUAGUUUCUUUGGAUCAGGGCUCCAGCUGUGUUUGGUAUUCUUCUGCAACUACUAUGUGACUCAUCAAAUUUUAUAAUUAAUCAGGAUACAAGCUGCAGCAGCAUUAGCUUUGUAACAGGAAUUGUGUUCUCUGGUGGUCUCUUAGCUGUUGGCAAAAGUGAACAACUGAAGAUGUUGGUGAACGGGAACUCUCUCCGCCUUCUAUCAUUCUAGGAACUUGUAGGGGAACCCUCUCAGAAUCUAGAUCAGUAUACCUAUUUGGAGCAGCAUGAGACCAGCUGAGUUCUUUUCUUGAUUUCUUUGCAGCUGUUUUGCUUGAAACUGGCCAACAUGAGCUGAUGGACGAAUUGGGGUUCAGUGAUAUUUUGAUGAAUAUAUUUCUCAACUUUAAGAGUGUAACUUAGUGUUCAGUAGCUAUAGUAUGUAGCACUUCAAACAGAAUGCCCCAACUACUUCUUGUCGUCUAUCUAUAAAAUGGUUGAUCUGUUUCCUAGAUAUAGGUUGUGAGAAAUGCAAAUCUUAGAGCAUGAGAGCAGACUUUGGCUUUACUGUCUGGAAUUGAGUUGGUUAUACAUUCCCUCGUUAUUUUAUUCUUUAUUGGGGUUGUAGGGAGGAAUAUUAUGCUUGGAGCCCGCAUCAAACAAUGAUUGUAAAUUUGUGCAUCAUAUUCAAUUUUCUGAUUUACUAGUA